AGACCUGGAUAAUCCAUGCAGCCCACCGCCUUCAGCCUCCACAGAUGCCCAGCUGCCCCCAUGUGACUCCCUGAGUGACAGCCGCACACAUCUGGGAAUCCAUCUAUUGUCUGUCUGCUGACAUUUCCCUUCAAUGGUUGCUAAGAGAAGGACAGGAGCCAGCAGCUCAAUGCUUCCUGUGCUUCUCUGUCUGCUUCUCCUGCUCCAGGAAUCUUCAAUGUUCCAAGUGACGGUCACAGAUGACAACCUUAUUCUCAUCUCCCUGGAGGAUUCAGAUGUGGUAUCUACAGCCUCAGUGUAUGUUGUGAAGAUCACUGGGGAAUCUAAGAAUUACUUUUUCCAGUUUGAAGAGUUUAACAGCUCCUUGCCGAAUCCUCUGGUUUUCAAUGCCAGCUACCAUGGACUUUAUUACAUAAUCACAUUAAUGGUGAUAAAUGCCAACCUGGCUUCAAGACCAGCAAGAUCAGUGACAGUUCUGACCAAGCCACUUCCAGUCAGCAAGGUAUUCAUCCAUGAUUAUAAAGUGUCACCAGAAACUGGAGUUGUGUUUGAAGUUUACUAUCCCGAAAAGUUCAACGUCUUCACAAGAGUGAACAUCAGUUACUGGGAAGGGAGCAACUUCCGCACAAUGUUAUACAAAGAUUUCUUCAAGGGCAAAACUGUGUUUAAUCAUUGGCUGCCUGGUACCUGCUACCGGAACGUCACCUUCCAGCUUGUGUCUGAAGCCUCUUUUAAUAAAAGCACCUUAGUUGAAAGCAGUGGAAUUGGGCACGUGCCACAGCAGCACAGGACCGCUCCUUACCCACCAAGAAACAUCUCCAUACAAGUUUUACUGGUGAACCAAAGCCACACGGAGGAACCACCUACUGGUGUUGAUCCGACAGAAAAAGCAGAGAUGCUGGAGGAUCAGUUUGAGAGUUCAGCGGUCAUUUCAUCCCAUAACUGGAGCGACUAUAAAACAUCAGACCUUGAGACCACAUCACGACCAUACUGGUGGGGGAAUGAAAAUGUGACAGCAGACAGUGAGGAAUUUGUGAACGAGAUUCCACCUGACUAUGACAAUCAAACCCUAAUGCUCUCCUCAUCUGAAGCCACCCAAUAUCAACCUGCUCUUCCCAGAUUCAAACUCCUAGUCAGCUGGUUCCCACCAAAGCCCCCGACUGCUUUUGAUGGUUUCAACAUCUACAUCCAGAGGGAUGAAAAUACAACAGAAGUUUCUACAGUUGAUGAGAGCACCCAUGAAUUUGCAACAGAACUAAAGGAACCAGGAAAAUACAAGUUAACAAUAAGAACAUUCAGCUCCUCUGGGUCUUGUCCGACUCGAGAAAGUGAUGCCUCCAAAGCCGUGAGUUUUUAUAUCAGUCCUGAAGGGAAAUGGUUUGAAGAGCUGACAGAGCGACCAGUGAAUGUAAUGGUGAAUGCCCUCAACUCUACAGCCGCGCAGGUUUUGUGGACAUCAUCCGUGACAAGCAGCAAUGCAUUUAUUGUGUCUGUGAAAUCCCUAACUUGUCAGAAACAAAAGGCGAGUCAGCGACUGGAGAAGAACUAUUGUGAAGAGGUAAAUAUUACCAGCAACAUCAUAAACGACCUGGUUCCAGGCGCACAGUACAGAGUGGUCGUCUACCUGCAGAAAACUCCAUUAAUUGGGCCUCCAUCUGAUGCAGUUCUGUUUUCAAUGGAACCUACAGGAAUCAAGGAUUUGGUGCUUUACCCUCUAGGACCAUCAUCUGUUGUGUUAAGUUGGACACGGCCUUACCUCAGCACCUUCCGGAAAUAUGUGGUUGAAAUGUUUUACUUUAAUCCUAUCACUAUGACCUCAGAAUGGACACCAUACUAUGAAAUUGCUGCGACUGUCUCCUUAACAUCCACUGUGAGACUCAGCAACUUACUCCCAGCCUGGUAUUAUAACUUUAGGGUGACAAUGGUAACAUACGGAGAACCUGAGCAGAGCUGCUGUGACACAUCUACUCUAAGCUUCAUAACAGCUCCUGUAGCGCCACAAAUUGUGCAUGUGGAAUAUGUCAGACACCUCUUGUACGUCACCUGGAGAUAUGGAGAGAAAACCUUCGACCUGUCCCAUUCCAGGAUGUUGCACUGGCAAGUAACAGCUGAAGGAAGGAAGCGAAUAAAGAAAAGUGUGUCCAGAACUACAAUGACAGCAGUGAUGAGUCUUCCAGCUGGAGACAUCUAUAAUAUCACUGUCACCGCAUGUACCGAGAGGAGCAGUAACAGUUCUCUUUCUCAUCUGGUUAAGUUAGAUCCAGCUCCCCCAAAAUCUCUUUAUGCCGUCAACAAAACGCAGACGUCAUUCACCCUCUUGUGGGUAGAGGAAGGCUUAUCUGAUUACUUUGAGGUAGUUUGCUGGCGCUUGGAUCCAGUGCAGAGUGAAUAUGAGAAGGAUCCGGUGAAUGUCUUCUCACAUGUGGUAACCAUAGCCAAUCUCCAUCCGGGGACGUCUUACAACUGCAGCAUCAGCACAGUCAGCCACCACACUCACAGCAUUCCCACCUACAUUGUUGUCUCUACAUUGGUUGCUGAGGUGAACCCCAAUGUUGUGGUGAUAUCACUGUUGGCCAUUCUUAGCAUACUGCUGAUUGGGCUCUUACUGGUUACUCUGAUUGUCUUACGCAGGAAACAUCUCCAGAUGUCAAGGGAAUGUGGGGCUGGAACAUUCAUCAAUUUUGCCACACUGGAAAGAGAUGGGAAACUUCCAUACAACUGGCGUCGGAGCAUCUUUGCUUUCCUAACCCUCCUGCCCUCCUGUCUGUGGACUGACUACCUCUUGGCUUUUUAUAUUAACCCGUGGAGCAAGAAUGGAUUCAAGAAGCGGAAAUUGACCAACCCUGUGCAGUUAGAUGACUUUGAUUCCUACAUUGUGGACAUGGCAAAAGAUUCUGACUACAAGUUCUCACUGCAGUUUGAGGAGCUAAAAAUGAUUGGCCUGGACAUCCCACACUGCGCUGCUGACCUCCCUGCAAACAGAUGUAAAAACCGCUAUACAAACAUAUUGCCAUAUGACUUUAGUCGGGUGAAGCUCAUUACCACCGAGGAGGAGGAUGCCGCUGAUUACAUCAAUGCCAACUACAUUCCUGGAUACAAUUCUUUACAAGAAUACAUUGCAACUCAGGGACCCCUGCCUGACACCAGGAAUGAUUUCUGGAAGAUGAUUCUUCAGCAGAAAUCUCAAGUCAUCGUCAUGCUGACCCAGUGCAACGAGAAGAGACGGAUAAAGUGUGACCAUUACUGGCCAUUUACUGCAGAGCCAGUGGGCUAUGGAGACAUAAUGGUGGAAAUGGUGUCUGAGGAGGAACAGUCAGACUGGGCUUUGCGGGUGUUCCGAGUCUCAGAGGCAGCUGACUCACAGCAUGUUAUGCAUUUCAACUUCACUGCAUGGCCGGACCACGGCGUCCCAGCAGCCAGUGCAGCAGAGAGUAUACUACAAUUUGUGUACAUGGUGAGACAGAAAGCAGCCAAAACCAAAGGACCAAUAACUGUACACUGCAGCGCUGGUGUGGGGCGGACGGGAACAUUUAUAGCUUUGGAUCGCCUCAUGCAACACAUACGGGACCAUGAGUUUGUAGAUGUUCUAGGCCUUGUAGGAGAACUGCGCUCUUACAGGAUGUCUAUGGUGCAAACAGAGGAACAAUUUAUCUUUCUUCAUCAUUGUGUUCAGUUGAUGUGGAAGAAAAAGAAGCAGCAAUUCCGGAUCAGUGAUGUCAUCUAUGAAAAUGUCCACAAAUCCUAAAGCCCGUCUUAAUUGUGAGAACAGUGCAUUCACCAUCUCCAGUUUUUGGGCUUCUCUCACUGGUUGUGUAGAAACUAAGACCACUGCCCUGUGGUCAAGCCCUGGAAAGAUCUGGCCUUAAACCUGGCGUGUCUUGUAGAGCUUUCCUUCAUGAACUCUUUCAGUAAGGACCAAAUUAAAUAAAGACACUAACCAGUAAGAGGAAGGAGCUGGGACAAGGUGACGGAGCAGGUGCAAUAUUGGAAGCCUCACAGUCUUACUAUAGAUUAUACCUCAUUUUCCACAAGUUACGAGGACACUGGGCUGUGUGGUCGCUCCAUGCCGAGUCUUCAGGCUUCUGCUUGAGGCUUCUCCAGCAUCUGUCCUGAGUGUAAAGACUUCGUCCCCACAGUUGUAUGUAACUUGUGAAGCACAAUGUCUGUGUUGUGUCCCAGGCUGGAGGGGGUAGAAGGCGUAAGGAGCCCCAACAUCUCAGAGAUCUCACCGUUGUGUGUAUUCAGUUUCCUUUGUGCUAUGUGAGUGUAUGACACUGGUAGGAUCGGUCACGGGGCCGAUGCAUCUGUAUAACAGGGCAGGAACAAUGUAUCAAGCAAAUUGCACAUAAAAUAAAAUAAUGAAGAGAAUUGUCUCUAUAAUAUGACAUCUUUUACAAAAUUCUGACUGUAGGAUACAUGGAUGUCAGAGGUGAAGGGUCUACAAGCCUCAGAGAAGGGGAGGUCAGCUUGAUUCUAACCAGAGUUUCACCUUCAAGAAAGGAGCUAACUGAUCUCUAUAUGUGAUUCAUAGUCAUGUGACUUUGAGACCGC